AUGUUCCACCUGGCCCCUCUAGGGAGCACAGCUGAGCUCCUCUGCCCGAUCUCCCUCUGGCCCACCAACGUGCCCACUGAGGUGAGAUGGUUGCGGUCCCCGCCGCUGCCGGGGCUCUCGCUGGCUGUUCAUGUGUUCCGAGACGGGCAAGCCCAGACAGAAGGCCAGAUGCCGGAAUAUAAGGGGAGGACGGCGCUGGAUAUAGACCUGCAAGAGGGAAGCGUCACUCUGAAGAUCCACCACGUCCGGCUCGAGGACCGAGGGCCAUACCUCUGCCAGGUCCAGAUCAGAAACCUGACUCGAGAAGGCACGGUGACCCUGCAGGUGGCCGCCCCAUCUCCAGGGACACUCUCCUCUUCUGAUGUAGCUCUGGCUGUGAUUCUGCCUGUGCUGGGACUCAUCAUCAUGGCGGGCAUUGGCCUCAUCUGGAAGCAGAGAAGAUCAAAAGAGAGACUUCUCUAUGAACAGGUGAUGGAGGUAGAAAAUCUUCUCUCAGACCACGCAAAAGAAAAAGGAAGACUCCACAGAGCUCUCAAGAAGCUUCGGAGUGAACUGAAAUUGAAAAGAGCGGCAGCAAACUCAGGCUGGAGAAGGGCCCGACUACACUUUGUGGCAGUGACCCUGGACCAGGACACAGCGCACCCCAAGCUCAUCCUCUCUCCGGACCGGAGGUCUGUGAAGCUGGGAGACAGAAGGCAGCCUGUGCCUGACAACCCCCAGAGAUUUGAUUUCGUCGUCAGCGUCCUGGGCUCUGAAUCCUUCACGGCCGGUUGUCACUACUGGGAGGUGAAUGUGAGGGACAAGACCAAAUGGAUCCUGGGGGUAUGUAGCCAGUCAGUGAGCCGGAAGGGGAAGGUCACUGCCUCACCCGCCAAUGGACACUGGCUAUUGCGGCAGACUCGGGGAACUGAGUAUGAAGCUCUCACAUCCCCCCAGACCUCCUUCCGCCUGAAGGAAUCCCCUCGAUGUGUGGGGAUCUUCCUGGACUAUGAAGCAGGAGUCAUCUCCUUCUACAAUGUGACCGACAAAUCCCACAUCUUUACUUUCACCCACACUUUCUCUGGCCCCCUGCGCCCUUUCUUUGAACCCUGCCUUCAUGAUGAAGGGAAAAACACCGCCCCUCUCAUCAUCUGUCCAGAACUCCAGGAACCAGAAGAAUCACCCAAGGCCAAAGAAAAGGGCCAUGCUAACGGGGAUGUGAAGGUGGACCCUUCCCUAUUGCCUCCUCAGGCUCCAGCUGCUUCCCCACUCACCAAUACCAUCCUGCCUUGGGCCUCCGAGCUGGGCCCAGCCCUGCAGGGCCUCAAGGCUCCUUCUUUCUAG